UUUUUUUCUUCGGUGUUUAAGUAUGUGCCAUGCGUGGUGUUUUUAAGCAGCUUCUUGAUGGUUCUUAUAAGGAGUGAUUAGAGUCAUUAGCUAAGUGUUUAAAUCUGAAUAGAUGCGGUCGCUGCGCUUCGGGGCGCCUAAUUAUGUACGUGCAUUAAGAGAAAGCCGUGAGGGUAAAAAGGAGCGGUGAGGGGCAGGGUCUGCGGGGAGGGACAGGAUUCAAAUUGUAAAGUUGUUCCCUUUGUCAGUGGGGUAUAUAGCGCGGACGAGACGCUACAAAGGAAAACGUUGGAGAGCUGGAAAGAGGAUCAUCCAGGAUCCUGGCGCUCACUAUGACUGUCUCACGCUGCAUUUGGAUUGCUUCAUUUUUCAUCUCUGUCAUGACAAGUGACACUGGAGUAUGCGCUCGCUCAGUGGACUCGUUGGGAUUUCUGUCACAGGCUUCAAACGCAGCAGGUUCUGAUCUGGCUUUACGCACGGACACGCACUGGGAGAGAUGCGCAAAGCUGACUGCGCCAUGGCUGGAAAACGCGCAGGAAGCUCCCGGAACUCUUCUGGCCACGUUGCUGCAGCUUCGUGUGCGGCCGUUCUCUCCGGGCACCUCAAGUGCUUUGGUUUUUCCUGGAAAGAAUCUUUUCAGUUUUAUCCGACGGGUCUAUCGUUGUUGUCAAGACGGAGUGAUCUGCAGGGACGUCAGAGGCAUCCAAGGCAGCAAGAGAGGAGAUUCAGUCGUGGAGUUUGUCCUCACAAGAGAUAUUUUGGCACUGGCAGUUAUGAGAGCUGAGCUUCACCUUCACCUUCAUCUUCAUCAAAAUGUGGAUUUCCUCCCAGUGAUUCAGUUUUUGUCCAAACACAACCUCCCCACCAGGUAUAGCGUGGGGUCACGCGGUGACACUGUGGAGCUCAGGGUGGACCUCCUCUUCCUCUUCCAGAGUCUGCAGAGGUCGAUAGGUGGUGCUGGACGAGGCUCCAGCUUGACAAACAUUCGACAGUCAAUGCUCUUCUCCGGCGAGGAUCCACCGGGGGACCCCCAUGAUGAAAUGUGGGGGGAAGGGCUUGCCAGCACACUACCGGCUCUGGAUCUGGGCUUGAUCUUGGGUUGCAGAAAGGCUGGUUCUUGGGUACCCUGUGGAAGAAGAAGCAUUCAACUCUCACACACUCCUUUCAUGGUUCUGUACUACAGAUAAGACAUUUAAAAUAUCCCCCCUCAUGGACAUUUGUCCCCAAACAUAAAAGUAUGCACUUCAAUGAUUUAUUUAUGUUUUUUUAAGCCAUAAAUGUAUAAAAACAAUUGUAAAUA